GUUUCCUGUGACGUUUUGAAUGACACGUGUAUUCAAGAUGGCGGCGCCGAUGGUGACGUGGCUGUUCUUGCUGCUGACCUCGCUACCCAUAGUCAGGCCAUUCUACGUGCCUGGGGUGGCACCUAUGAACUUUCACCAGAACAGCCCUGUAGAUAUCAAGGCUGUGAAGUUGACAAGCUCCCGCACCCAGCUGCCCUACGAGUAUUACUCCCUCCCAUUCUGCCGGCCAGAUGAGGUGGUCUACAAAGGAGAAAACCUUGGGGAGGUGCUGCGUGGCGACCGCAUCGUCAACACGCCCUACUCGGUGGUGAUGAACCAGGACCGCGCGUGUCAGCUGGUGUGCGGCAAGCCCAGUGAGCCCAAGAAGCUGAACGUGGAGGAGAGCAAGCUGAUGGCCGAGAGGAUCCAGGAGGAAUACUACGUCCACCUGAUUGCGGAUAACCUGCCGGUGGCCACGAGGCUGGAAUACCCCAACCGGGACAUUGGGGGUGACGACGAGCAGAAGAAGGACCUGUUGAAGGACGUCCAGUUUGAACACGGCUACAGACUGGGCUUCUCAGAGAGCAACAAAUUCUACUUGCACAACCACCUGUCCUUCAUCCUCUACUUCCACCGAGAGAAGUUGGAGGGGGAGGAGGAGGACAACUACAGGGUGGUGCGCUUUGAGGUGGUGCCCCAGAGCGUCAAGACGGACGACCUGAAGGCGGAUGAGAAGGGAGCCUGUACUCUCCCAGAGGCCAGUGGCUCCGUUCCUCAGGAGAUCGACCCAACCAAGGAGAACAGCGUACUCUUCACCUACUCUGUACACUGGGAGGAGAGCGAGGUGAAAUGGGCGUCGCGCUGGGACACCUACCUCACCAUGAGCGACGUGCAGAUCCACUGGUUCUCCAUCGUCAACUCGGUGGUGGUGGUCUUCUUCCUCUCAGGCAUAUUGAGUAUGAUCAUCAUCAGGACCCUGAGGAAGGACAUUGCCAACUACAACAGAGAGGAUGACAUUGAGGACACCAUGGAGGAGUCGGGGUGGAAAAACGUGCAUGGGGAUGUGUUCCGCCCGCCCCAGUAUCCCAUGAUUCUUAGCUCUCUGUUGGGCUCGGGCAUCCAGCUCUUCUGCAUGGUGCUCAUCGUCAUCUUUGUGGCCAUGUUGGGCAUGCUGUCUCCUUCCAGCAGAGGAGCUCUCAUGACCACAGCCUGCUUCCUAUUCAUGUUCAUGGGGUUGUUUGGUGGAUACUUUGCUGGCAGACUGUACCGCACAUUGAAAGGCCAUCGGUGGAAGAAGGGAGCCUUCUGCACUGCCAUGCUGUAUCCUGGUGUCGUGUUCAGCAUCUGCUUCGUCCUCAACUGCUUCAUCUGGGGAGAGCACUCGUCAGGAGCAGUGCCAUUCACCACCAUGCUGGCUCUGCUGUGCAUGUGGUUCGGCAUCUCCAUGCCCCUGGUGUACCUGGGCUACUACUUCGGCUUCCGCAAGCAGCCCUACGAUAACCCCGUGCGCACCAACCAGAUCCCCCGGCAGGUGCCGGAGCAGCGCUGGUACAUGAACAAGUUUGUGGGCAUCCUGAUGGCUGGUAUCCUGCCAUUUGGGGCCAUGUUCAUCGAGCUCUUCUUCAUAUUCAGUGCCAUUUGGGAGAACCAGUUCUACUACCUGUUUGGCUUCCUCUUCCUCGUCUUCAUCAUCCUGGUGGUGUCCUGUUCCCAGAUCAGCAUAGUCAUGGUCUACUUCCAGCUCUGUGCCGAGGACUACCGGUGGUGGUGGAGGACCUUCCUGGUGUCUGGAGGAUCAGCCUUCUACGUGCUGGUCUACGCCAUCUUCUACUUUGUCAAUAAACUGGACAUAGUGGAGUUCAUCCCCUCGCUGCUGUAUUUUGGCUACACGGCGUUGAUGGUGCUAUCCUUCUGGCUGCUGACCGGCACCAUCGGCUUCUACGCCGCCUACAUGUUCAUACGCAAAAUCUACGCCGCCGUCAAGAUCGACUGAACCAGCCGCUGCUUCUCCUCCUUUUACACACAAAUAACACGCACGCACGCACACGCAACCAUACACACACACACACACACACACACACACACACACACACACACACACACACACACACACACACACACACACACACACACACACACACACACACACACACACACACACACACGUGCAAAUGACCUUGGUUUGUUUUGGUUACAUCCAUCUUUUUUGUGUGGGGCGAAGGGGAUUUUUUUUUUCCCCCACCCCUUUCUUUUUGGAUAUGGUCCAUUGUUAUUUUACGAGUUUUUUGUUUUGUUUUGUUCUAUUUUUUUAUUGUUCUGAGCACUGACGUGUAAACCGGACGGAGCACGAGGUGGGUUCUGGGUGGGAAACGGCUCCCCCUGUUGUUCAGAAGAGAGAAUAGGUGAGGAGGGAUUGUGCACAAGCAUUCCAACUCCUCGUUCCCUUUCUCUUAUAUGCUGUCAUUCUUCUCUCUCUCUCUCAUGCGUUCUCAUUCUUUCUACUCCUCUGUGUCUUUAUCUCUUCCAUUUCUUUUCUCAGUCCUCCUCCUCUGUUUUUAUCGCCCUCCCUCAUUCCCCAACUUGCGCUCCUUGUCUCCUCCCUUUUGGCACAGAGAAAAAGCUAUUUCUCUGCUGGACUGAAUUCUUUCCUUUUUUCUCUGGAUCUUUUUGUUGAUAUUAAGACUCUUGAAUCUUCUCUCUACAUUUUCACACAUACACAGACACACGAACAGUCAUACAUGACAUGGGCCAAAGCGUGUAAAUGGACUCUGACUGUCUUGAUCGUUUUUUUUUUUUUUUAAUUGGUUUGUUUGGAAGAGGGGGUAACCUCUAUAGGGGAUUGGGGGAUUUGUUAUGGGUCGGGGCUGGAAGCAUAUAGAAAACAUUUUACAAACACAUUGUCUUUUUAUGUUUGUUUGUUUGUUUUUAACGUGUACAUCUUAUUUAAUUUGUAACUUUUGGUCUGUCAGAGUAUAGGUCCGUGGUCAUGCUGAGAGUGUGGUGUUUAAAAUAAUGAAUAUAAUGAACGUUUCAUGAUUUCAUGAACGUUAAGAAAGAGUGUUGAAGGGUGAAGAAGACAAAAGGAGGGCUGAUGAUGAUGAUGAUGAUGAUGAUGAUGAUGAUGAUGAUGGACCUUAGUAUGGAAGCGUGCAGUUGUGUUGUAUAUAUGUCUUCACCAUGGGCCUCAAGGACAUUCUACUGCUCUCACUAACGUCACGGCUGCACUGCAGCUUGACAUGCUCCAGCUCCUGGCCUGGCCGUGUAGCGAGCGUGUUGCCACUGUUAGCGGUAUGUGAAAAUGAACUGACGUUCGUACGUACUUAACUGUAGUUAUGUGAAAGGGGCACGACAAAAAAGAGGUGCUGGACACUGACAACUCAAAGCCAUCAUGCUGUGUUUUAGAAGAUUCCUCUCUGUUGAUAAUGACUGUAGAAACUCAGUAUCAUAUACACCCACACACCUCACACAGAUCAUUUUUGUUGUAUAUUGCUGAUGCGUUGUCUUUUGUCUCAAUGAAAUAAUGCAACCUAUUUGGAAAUCAUGUACCGGUAUGUGUUGGUAACCACAACCUUGGGUCUAGGCUCUUUUAUAAAGACCUAAAUAAAACCUUAUAAAUGGGA